AUGUCGGCCUUUGUGCGCGUCUCAGGACCGCCAAACAGCAACUUCCUCGUCGGCUACCCGGGCAUCUCGGCCACAUUGCCGCGGAUAGAGGGAAAGGUCGAGAUACGCCCGCUCAUUGGGGUCUCGGCGCCCGUCAAUGUCUCGCUUGUCACCAUCGCCCUCCACCGGCGUGAGACGAUCCACCCGUCUGCCGAGUCGCUCACCAAGAAGCACCUCGCCGCCCCGCGCAAGGAGAUAACCGACAUUGUGGGCAAGGAGAUGCUGCUGUUCCGGUGCCCCGCCGGCAAGGAGUUCGAGAGCGUGCUCUCCAUGGACCUGCCCUUUGUAAUAUUCAUACCAUAUGGCCGCGGCGGCGAAGAAGUAGCAAGGAGGGUGCCGCCCGCGAGUUUGCAAUUGCCAGCCCGGACAGCUGAGACGUUUUACGAGUUGGUUGUAACCGUGCAGCAAGGGCAGACAGAUCAGAAGAAAUACCCGUUUCCGGUGCCAAUACAGCGGUACGAUACCCUCUCCACAUUUGGCAUGUACAACCGUCCCGAGAGCGCCGAAAGAGUCACAGACCAUCUUGUUACCUUGGGAAUUAGUCUGCCCAGGUGGAGUUAUGGCCCUCUGGACCCGGUGUCGGUCUACAUCAAGCUCAGCCCGAACCCGGAUUGGUUAAAGAAGGCGCAGAAGGUUACUAUCCAAAAGAUCACUGUUGGCAUAGACGAGGAAAUUAUAUUCAACCACGAGGGUGAUGAACCAACAAGAAAAGUGAAGACGUUGGCCAAGACCACCCAGGCUGUCGGUGUUAAGAUGCCCGAGGCUGGUUACUUUACGAAUUUAGGACUGGUGUUUCCCGCAAAAGACUUGCGAGACUCGGACGGCAUAAUACCACGCGGGAAAAAGGAAUUUCCAAUGUAUGCAGUAAACGGCUUUACGACCACCGGUACGCUCUACAAGAUUGAGUACUACCUCACAGUCAAAGCCCAAUUGGCGUCAGCACGGGAUAUAUUACUCCGCCAGCCCAUAGUCGUCUGCCCGUUUGACCACGCCGGUUGCAAAGAAGAGAUGGAGGCGAUUGAACAAGCAGCCAGAGACGCUGCGCAUGUCUCGCCUGAUAACCCUAUGCUGCCCGCAGCAACCAUUGUCCGUUCCAACGAUCCAAACGGGCUCGCCGCAUUAGGCAUGGCGAUAGUAGGAGGCCAUAGGAAGCCCCUUAUCGAGUGA